CCGUUGCAGUGUGCAAUGGAACAGUCCAACGAGAAGCAGCCGGCGGAGGAGCAGGAAGAUCAACAGAGGCAGAAAGUCAUAGAAGAAGUACCAGAUCAAAUGGAGCUUCAAGAGGAACUUAUAGAACAAAUUCUGGAAGUUGAACAGAGGGUGCUGGUACCAGAAAUCGAUGAAGAACCAACAGAGGAGAAUGUCUUAAAGAAAGUAGAAGAAAUCAUAGGUGAUCCAGAGAAGGAAGAUCAGGAUUCAGGGUUGGAUAAGAAGGAAAGUGAAGGGGAAACUGCUGAAGUGCAGCAAUUUGAAAAAGACGAUCGGAAAAUUCAAGAAAAUCUAGACGACGAGACUGUGGCUGAGGAGGAUAUCGUAAAAGAGGAGUCAGAGAUCCUAGAAAAUAUUUCUAAAUUGGCAGAUCAGCCUGAAGAACAUUCCAAAGAUAAACUGAAAGAGAAAACGCAGGAAGAGGAACAAUUGCCAUCAAAUCUGGACGAGGAGGCAACGUUAGAUGUUCCACAGAAUGAUGACUUCUCAAAAGUGAACGAAAAUCUAACAGAAACCUCAGAAAACAAGGAGCAGCUCACAGAGAAUCUUGAAGAUCUAGAAGCGGAAUCUAUAGAUGCAGAUUUAGUAGGCGAUCAGCAAGAUUGCGCCACAGUCACAUUUUCAGACCCAAAUGCGGAAACUCAAAAUGAACUGAGUCAGGAGGAGAAUAAGGAAAACCCUGACAGGAUAGAGCAACAACGCGAUAAUUCAGAAGAACAAGAAGAGGACGCAUCAAAACCAGAAGAGGAUCUACCCAACGAGCAGGUAACACAGUUCCUCCGCAAUCUUGUCAGUCAACUGUGGCCGGAACUAGGAGCCAAUCCUGAGCUUCGUCUAAAACGAGCCAGUGCCAAGGGUGACAAUUAUUUGGGUGUGGUUUGGCGUCUUCAAGUGGCUUCCGAAUCGAAUCGCAGCCUGGUGGUUAAGUUACCGCCUCAAAAUCGCGUGCGUCGCAAGCAAUUCUUUGCACGUCCAUGCUUCCUCCGGGAAACGGUAGCAUACGAGGUGUUCCUGCCUUUGGUCAACAUGAUACAGGGGAAAUGGCAGAUCGCCGAAGAGGAUCGUUUUCGACAGCAUGCCCUUUGUCAUGGAACACGCCAGGAUGAGCCCAACGAGUGUAUUGUGCUGGAGGAUCUUUCCUGUGCUGGGUUCACCCUGCACGAUCGUUUCCAGGAGUUAUCCGUCGAUCAUGUGCGUCGGGUAAUAUGCACCUAUGCCAAGUUACAUGCUACAUCUCUGGCUGCAAAGCAUCAACUUCCUGAGAGAAUGGAGAAACUACAGCAGCUGGUGGACAUUUUCGAGCAACGACGCGAGGAUCAUGCAUUGGGUGUUUACUUUGAAAAUCUCAAAGGUAGUGCCCUUUCGUCACUGCUGUCACCAGAAGAUGAUCCCUACAGAGUUCGUCUGGAGGCGUAUUUCGCCAAAGGAACAUACUUUGAGCUGCUGCUGCCUUUGGUCAGCGGAUCCAAUUGUGAACCCUUCGCUGUCAUCUGUCACGGCGAUUGCUGGAAUAAUAACAUCCUUUACAAGAUCGGGGACCAAGGAGAGUUAGAGGACGUUCGCUUGAUCGAUUGGCAACUAAUGCGAUAUGCAUCUCCAGUCACCGAUUUGGCCUAUUUCCUCUUUACAUGCACCUCGAGAGAAUUCAGACAGCAGCAUCUUAAAAAUAUGCUAGAGGAUUACUAUGAAGAAUUGGGACUGCAGCUUAACAGAUUGAACGAGAAGUUGGAGGAACUAUUUCCUCGACCAGCAUUCGAUGUGCAAGUGGCCACUAAAGCCGCUGUGGGCUUGCUUCUUGCCAUGAUGGUUCUACCAAUUGUGACAAUGCAGGGUUCGGAUGUGCCCGAUCUUCAAGCCAUUAGCGAGCGAAUUGAAGCUGGAGCCACCACGGAUCUUCAAGGUGCUGGAUUCUUAGGUGCAGGCAAUGAAGCGACUUUCAAACAACGAAUGCGAGAGGUGAUCCUCGACUGUGUAGACUUUGACUACAUCUAGAGAAAAGCAGGAAAGCUCACCUUUUGCCGUGCCACUUGCAUCGGAUUCAGGCGGAGUUUCUUGGCACUGGUCCCAAAGCGUAGAGUGGACAAAGUUUCGGUGAGAUCACAUCGAUGGGGACUGAUGCAGGCGAGGAAGGUUAGAUAUGACUGCGCGGUGAGCGAUUCUGAAAAGAAUGAAGGAAGGAAGUUUAAGUAUCUAAGCCAACCCAAUUAUAACAAUAUUUAUCAUUAAAUACAUUGCAACUUUGAAAUAAGAUGCUUAAAAGCAAA